UCUGUGUGUCCACACGCCGUCCGCGCCGAGGAAGACGACGACGCCGCGCCAAUGUAAUCCGUCCGUCCGUUACUAGAUCAGCUUGUACGUACGUACACUACUCACUGUCACUGGGGACGAGCCCGCGCGCGUGUCAGGGCUCCCGGCCUCCUAUAUAACUACGUGCUGCCCGGCCCGGCCACUCCACCGAUCGAACACCAGCCAACACCACUCCUCCGACCUAGAACUCCAGCCAUGACCGCCAUCGAGUUCAUGCUCGACAGGACCCACCAGGCCGGCGGCAUCGUCCCCCUCGGCGCCACCGCGGCCGCCGCCACCAACAACGGCAAUGCCGCCGCCGUGCCCUGGCGGAGGCUGGAGGGGAAGGUGGCCAUCGUGACCGGCGGCGCGCGCGGGAUCGGGGAGGCGAUCGUGCGCGCGUUCGUCCGGCACGGCGCGCGCGUGGUGGUCGCGGACAUCGACGACGCGGCCGGGGAGGCGCUGGCGGCCGCGCUGGGCCUGGGCGGCGCCUGCUGCAGCUACGUGCACUGCGACGUGUCGGAGGAGGCCGACGUGGAGCGCGCCGUCGGGUGCUGCGUCGAGCGGUACGGGCGGCUCGACGUGCUCUGCAACAACGCCGGCGUGCUAGGCCGGCAGGACCCGCCGGCCGCCAACGGCUGCACCAAAAGCGGUGGCAUAGCAUCGCUGGACGCCGCCGAGUUCGACCGCGUGCUGCGCGUCAACACGCUGGGCGCGGCGCUCGGCAUGAAGCACGCGGCGCGGGCCAUGCUGCAGCGGCGCGGCGGCGGCGGCGGGGGGAGCAUCGUGUCCGUGACCAGCGUCGCCGGCGUGAUGGGCGGGAUGGGCCCGCACGCGUACACGGCGUCCAAGCACGCGCUGGUGGGGCUGACCAAGAACGCCGCCUGCGAGCUCGGGGAGCACGGCAUCCGCGUGAACUGCGUGUCCCCCUUCGGGGUGGCCACGCCGAUGCUGGUCAACGCGUGGCGCCACCGCAGCCAUGACGACGACGAGGAGGCAGACGGGAUCGCACCUGCGCCGCCGAGCGAGCAGGAGGUGGAGAAGACGGAGGAGAUGGUGCGUGGCCUGGCGACCCUCAAGGGCGCGACGCUGCGAGCAGGUGACAUCGCGGAGGCGGCGCUGUUCCUGGCCAGCGACGAGUCGAGGUACAUCUCCGGGCACAACCUCGUCGUCGACGGCGGCGUAACCACCUCCCGGAACGUCAUCGGGCUGUGACAGAAGUCAAACCCAGGCCCCAUUGGAGGUGGAUGCUGUUGCAGGGAUCGAGUACGUGCGAGUGUCACAGUCAAGCACAGCUCGAUAGCUCGAUCGACCGACCCACCUGUGUACUCCAUUACUUUAGUAUCAGUAGCUUGGUAGUAGCCUGGUAAUUAGCAGCUGGUUAUUCGAUCUGCCUCAUGUGAGGAUCGAUGGAUUGGGGAAUGAUCUGUGAUUCGCAUGGUUCUGUUCUUCUUUAAUCGUUCGUGGCGGAUCGAGAAAUUGUUAACUAAUUCGUCUUUCCUGUUUGGGAACUGACAGUGCAGACAGCUAAGGGAGAGGUACAGAGGAACUGUACAUUCAGAUUCAGUGUUCGAGGAUGCCACUGAACUGACAGAGUUCUGUCGUUGUCCCGAAUGAUUCAACAUGACUUUACG